AUGCUUGCUGUAGGUACUCCCUCUCUGGACCCAUGUAUUCGCAACGACAAAGGACCGCCCAGUCCGCUAUCGUCCGCUAUCAAAGUUAAGCCCAAGACUUGCGAAUGGCUGGUCAAUUUCCAGAGCAGAAACGCCAAUUCCAAGUGGUUGCUAGGUGCAUUGCGAGAGGUCGGCCGGCAGGAAUAUGCGCGGCAAAUUUCUUCCAGUAGCGCUGGCGACAAAGACACAAUGGAGCUUGGGAGAAAGCACCCCCUGGCACCCGACAACAACCACCGCGCGCGGUGCUGCUGCGUAUCUACGACAUCAUUCAGCCCAAUCGUUCGCGUAAGAACAUCGUUAGCUACCAGACCAGCCCCAGUACUUCGCACAGCUGCGGAGACGGCACAUGCAGAACCUGAGCUCUCGGGAUUCGGAUCGCUUCACAUGAUCGAGAAUACGGCUGCGGAUACGAUACUGCGCCAUACAUGCCAUACCUAUGUGCGACCAGUGGCAAUACUUUGGUGCCUAGAACUGCGAUUGUUCUGGUACUCGUGCUACUCCGGUUGGUCAAAGUAUGGAGUGCCAGUCCAGAUAACGAGUGUCACAUAA